CCUAAACAUUUCCUGUUGUGAGGCUUCCCUCCCGAGUUGAACACACGUCUCCCUGCAGUGCUCGUCAGAGCUUGAGCGUGUCUUCAGAGCCCUCUGCCUCCACCAUGCACCGGUUCUGCUCGGUGUGUGUGGUUCUGUUCUCGCUGGUGUGGCCAUGUCUCGUGCAGCCGCAAACCCCGACGUCCCAACCUCUCGGAUUGACGUCCCUGCACGAGGGGAACUGCAGCUGUGCUCUGCGUCUUCACCACACCGAACCGACAAGCCAAGAGGGGUUGGUGAUGACUUCCAGAGAGCUGAACCCCCAGUUCUAUGAGGCGUCGCGGGCAGGCCGCGUGGUCCAACACCAUCUCAACACCCUCUAUGGCUCCCCCUUCAGGGUGUAUGUUGUGACCCAGGUCCACACAGCUAGAACGGAGGAUACGGGAGACGACGGGAUGAAGUACGUUUUAGAGUUCUCUGUGAAGGACUGGGCUAGUGAGGGCCCAGAGUGCAAGGCCUCUGCGGAGGUUCUGUACCCCAGGGGCGACGUCCACCAGCCGCCAAAGGUCCAGAGCUCUCCGGACGGAUUACUGCAGGCCAACACCUCCGACAAGGAGCAGGCGUUCUACCAGCGCUACAGCGCUGCAGCGGGUCCCGUCUCUGCCAAGGACAUCCCAGACAGCUACGGUCACAUAGACCCAGAGAUGGAGCAUUUCUGGCACUUGGCCUGGGUAGCCUCAAGCUUCAUCAUGCUCAACGAGUCCAGUGAGAACACACUGUACAGCCUGGCCCAGGUGGCAAAGGUCACACAACUGAACAUUCAAGAUGGCCAGCUGAGGUUCGAACUUCAAGUUCUCCUCCAUGACAUGGUUUCCCAGAACAUUAAUCGCUGGAAGCUGCAGGUCUCCUGGUCUCCAGCAGAUGGAGUCCAAGUGUUAGAGAUGGAAUUGCUGCCACGAUGCCAUUGCAAAUCCCAAACCCGUCCCUGAUUGCCUGGCUCCUGUCCAAUCUUAAAGCGAAACUCUGCCCAAGUCACUAAACACCUAAAAAAUGUCAAAUUUAGAGGAGAAAAAGCCGUGUGCCAACACACCCACAGCAAGGACCAUGACACACCCACAACGUCACGAGGCUUCCUGUAAAGACAACAGCAGGGCUACUGUAUGAAACCUGCGUAAGUACACAAAGGACCUGAAUGGGAUUUUAAAGGCAGUGGCCUUUAUUUGACAAUUAAUAUAAAAUCACGUUAGCCCGUUUACUAACUUAGGUAGCGUCAUCACCACACUGUAAACAAAGAUGAAGUUAAAUAAACACGCACCGUA